AUGACUAUCACCAAACACCGGCGCGACUUUGACAUCGAGGCUGUUCGGAGACAAUUCCCCGGCCUUGACAAAGGGUCUGUCUGCCUGAACAAUGGCUCCGGUGCUCUGGUGUACAAGGGUGCCAUUGAGAGCAUUGUUCGUACCAUGUCUGCACCCCAUAUGAAUCUGCGCGGGCUGGACUCAAAAAGCACGGUCGACAUCAAAGAGCGGACUGCCCAAUACGCGAAGAUUGCUUCCUUCAUGAAUGCGGACCCUGAUGAGAUCGCGUUUGGUCCCUCCACGACCGGUCUAGUACGGAAUCUGGCCGCCUCCCUCCGCCCGACUCUCAAUGCUGACUCAGAGAUCGUCGUGUCCGUGCUCUGCCACGAAGCGGACGUCACUGCGUUUGUUGCCCUGGCCAAGACCCUAGGCAUCUCGAUUAAGUGGUGGGCCCCAGCCGGGGGCAUGGGAAACAACAGGGAUCCUAAACUUAGCCUCGACACCCUUCGACCUCUCCUGUCGCCUAAAACCCGUCUCGUAUGCUGCGGGCAUGUGUCCAACAUCACCGGAACUAUCGAGAAUGUCAAGGAGGUGGCAGAGCUCGUCCACACAGUCCCUGGCGCGUUGAUCUUAGUAGACGGGGUGGCAUGGGCUCCUCAUCGCCCGAUUGACGUGAAACAACUUGGUGUUGACUUCUAUGUGUUCAGCUGGUACAAGGUAUUUGGUCCUCAUAUUGCGCAGAUCUAUGCUCGCCGCGACGUCCAGAAACGUUAUCUUACCAGCCUCAACCACUACUUCUUUGACCCGACCGCUUUGCAUGUGCGCUUGGGACUGGGAAACAGCUGUAUUGAGCUCGAGCAUGCGGUCACCCCGAUCAUCAGUUACCUCGCGGAUGAUGUUGGUUGGAAUGCUCUCAUCGCCCAUGAGGAAGUCAUCACAGCUGAGAUCCUCGGAUACUUGACUGCGCAUCCGGAUCUGUAUACUGUGUAUGGGUCUCACUCUGCAGACCCGACAGUUCGGGUCUCCUUGAUCAGCUUCACGGUGAAUGGGAUCGCGUCUGACAAAGUGGCGGAAGUAAUUCAUGAAACCUCCAACUUUCGGCUUAUCAGUGGUGACUGUUGGGCUCCUCGCACAAUUCAUGAUGUUCUGGGGCUACCGGAAUACGGCACACUUCGGACAAGUCUGGUGCAUUAUAACUCUGUGGAUGAGGUAAAGGCUUUCGUACAAAAAUUGGAUCAAGUAGUACGCGCCAUGAAGCAGGGACUGUACGAUGACGGAAAGGUCAAUGGUCGAUCUAGUUGA